GUGACCGACAGGAUAUCAAAUACAUUUUUUCAACAAGGCAAUGUGAUUGAUAGCCAUUUUGAAGAGCUUUUUGUUGGUGUUUUGUGAAUGUUUUCAUGUAAAUUUUCUCACAUUUCAAUGAUAUCAAGCUGAUGAAAGUACCAAAAAAAUACCUUUUACACAAUAAGUCAAAAUAACUCAACUUUGAGUGAUUGUGUUGUUUGUUUGGGGAAGGAGCAUUGUGGAGAAAAAAAACCGGAAAGAACUGUCUUAUCUCCUCUUGUUCUCCUAUUCUUUGUUAAUAAGCAUAAUAAUAAGCCGGAAAGUAUUGAAUAUCGGUGUGAAAGUUUAUUUAUGUGAAGUGUUGCUUUAAAAUCUUAUUUACGUCGCGUGUUUUGUUGUACGUAAAAUUUAGCUGGCCACAAGAUGGCCGCCAUAAGAUGCCUGCUCCGCCAAAACCCGGUUGUUGGGCCCUAUGUGUCAUCGGCAACGAAGCGCCUCGAGAACGUGCUGUGAGCCGGUUGCGAGUGCUAAAGUUGAGCACUGCGGUCGCUUUCAGCGAGAUUCCAUUCCAUACGAUGGAAUUUCGCUCCAGGCGCCAAAAUACGAUGGGUGUUGACACUGCUCUGACACCGUACCGUUACUCUGACGGCUGUACAAAAUAAUUAUUGGCGAAGAUGAGUGAUCCAGACGACGUUGGCAAAGAAGUGUGGAAGCGAUGGAUAUUGGGAGCGAUAUACAAAAUUCGGGCACAAAAACAGAGGCCCAGUGUGGAAAGAAUAUGUCAUGCUAUUAGACAACAUCAUAAUUAUCAUGAGGAUGUGGUCUCGGAGCGGUUGGAAAGAGCAGUCCGCGAAGGGGCUGUUCUAAAAGUUUAUAACAAAGGGCAGAGUUCUUACAAGGAUCCAGAGGGGACACAAAACAGGACACUUAAAGUGUCAGCUGAUGCUGACUUAUCUCGCGUCAUAGCUAAAGCAGUGCGUGAAUUGGGCGAACGGGAAGGAUCAACACUGAAAUCUAUUGAGAGAUAUUUGCGGCAAGCUUACCAAGUGACAGUGAUAUCCAAUGAAAUUGACUUCCGUAGUGUUUUGAGAACUGCUGCAAAGCGUGCCGUAGCCAGAGGUUUGCUCACUCACAGUGCGGGGGCUUAUAAAGCUCCUGAUAAGCCUUCUAUUGAAAGGUCGCCAAAAAAACAACAGCGGACUUAUGAUUUAAUUGAACAAUCGCACAUUCAGGGUGGUGUGCCUGUUUGUAUUGAGUGCCUUGGGACAGACACAAGGAAUGGUCUGGGUGCUGCGGAAGCCCUCAUAUGUUGCCAUCAGUGCAAGUCCUACGUCCAUCCAACGUGCCUAAAUCUAUUAGACCACGUUAAUCUAAAUACUCUAAAAUCGUUGCGGUGGUCGUGCGGCGAGUGCGGGUCGUGCGCGACGUGUGGGGACGAGGGUGGGGGUGAGGGCGGGUCUCGGCGCGGGGGGAGGGCGGGGCAGGGGCAGGGGGGCGGGGACGGGGACGGGGACCGGGAGGGGGAGGGGGAGGACAGUGGCGGGUGGGUGGCGCGCUGCGUGUCCGCGUGCCAGAGACACGUGCACGCGCGCUGCCAGGCGCUGCCGUGGCGUUGCAGCACCUGCCCAACAUCACGGUCGACGAUGGGCGGCACGCCGCGAGGGAGGAAGCCCCGUGCGCCGGCGCGCCGCACCGACUCCCAAGACGAGCCGUCCGACGGUAAUGAUCCGCCGCCCGCGCGCCUCCCGCCCGAACAGAGAAUGUCCAAGGAGAAGCAGAAAUUCUUUAGAUACUCCGCGUUCAACCUCGUGGAGAGGCGGCGGCGCGACUCGUCCAGCGACUGGGAGAGAUGGGAGGGGUCGGGGGAGCCGCGCGCCCGCUGGGGCGGCGUGCGCGUCACGCGCGUGCAGCGCCUAGAACUGCGCGUCAGCCGCCCGCCCUCCCCGUCCCCGCCGCCUUCGCCCUCCCCGCCGCGUCUCCUGCGGCUCGGCCCGCCCUCCCCGCUCUUCCCGCCGGAACCGCCGGAGCCGCCGCCCGAUAGGUUCUCGACGGUGUUCGAACGCCUAGCCGCCGAUAUGAGCUCGAACGCCGCGUGGGGUUUCGCCGCGGAGGCGCAGAAGCAGCGCCGCCGCUCGCGCACGCGCACCCCGCCCGCCGCUCGCGCCGACCCCGCCGACCCCGCCGACCCCGCCGCGCGCCACCGCCGCCGCAGCCGGUGCGGCGACCGCCUGCUCACCACGCUGUUCGACGGCCUCUCCGAGUUCUACUCGGUGCGCUCGGCGUCGCGCUCCCAGUCCCGAGCGCGCCCCGCCCGGGACCCGCGCGGGAGGCAGGUGCUGAAGGAGACGCGCAGCACCUUCCGCGAGUACCAGGCGUCGCUGGGCGGGCCGCGCGUCGCCCGCGAGCGGUCCCGCGCCAGCGUCUCUCGCACGUCGGCCGGGAACGAAACCGGGGAGCGAUCGCGGUCUCGCCCGCGCGCCUCUCGAGCGCCGGUCGAGGAUCGAAGUCGGGGUCGGUCGCGGUCUCGCGCGCGCGUCUCUCGAGCGCCGGUCGAAGAUGAAAUUCGGGGUCGGUCGCGGUCUCGCGCGCGCGUUUCGAGGGUGUCGGUCGAGAAUGAUAUUCGGGGUCGGUCGCGGUCCCGCGCGCGCGCGUCUCGGGUGUCGGACGAAGCGGAUAUUCGGGCGUCGGCAGGGCGGUCGGGGCAGGACGCGGGGCGGGUCUCGGCGCCGCGCCUGAGCGCGUCGGCGCUGGUUAGGCACCUGGCGGGCGACAAGCGCGGCUGCGCGGCGGACGCGGAUAAACUGUCCCGCGGCUUAGCGCUCGGCGGCGGCGGCGGCGGGCCGGCCACCGAUCAGACGGACAAAAAGCGGUUACCGGCGGGUGUGACGGAAGCCGAUUCGGAAUUGUUCAACCAAGCUCGGAUGGCAGCGGCGGGGCCGGCGGCGGUAGAAGCGGAAAUUCCGCCUCCCACUACUCCCGCGCCCGCUGCCGCCUCCGCUGCCGCUCCUUCUACGGCGCCAGCCUUACAAGUGGCGCCGCGAUGCCCCUCCGCUAUAGAGUUCGGCCAAUGGGAGAUCGAGACGUGGUACUCGAGCCCUUUUCCGCAGGAGUACGCUAGAUUACCGAAGCUAUUCCUUUGCGAGUUCUGUCUCAAAUACGCCAAGAGUCGGGCAGUUUUGAUGCGACACCUCGACAAAUGCCUUUGGCGGCAUCCGCCCGCCACAGAGAUCUACCGCUGCGGCGACAUAUCCGUCUUCGAAGUGGACGGCAACGCCAACAAGAUCUACUGCCAGAACCUGUGCCUACUCGCCAAAUUGUUCCUCGACCACAAAACCCUUUACUAUGACGUGGAACCAUUCCUGUUUUACGUCCUCACCAAAAAUGACAGCAAAGGAUGCCACUUAGUCGGCUACUUUUCCAAAGAGAAACAUUGUCAACAGAAGUACAAUGUGUCUUGCAUAAUGACGAUGCCCCAGUACCAGCGACAGGGCUACGGGAGGUUCCUCAUCCAUUUUAGUUAUCUACUGUCCAAAGAAGAGGGGCAGCCAGGUACGCCGGAAAAACCUCUAUCGGACCUCGGAAGAGUCUCUUAUCACGCUUAUUGGAAAUCUGUUAUUCUCGAAUAUCUCGCUGAUCAUAAAGAGAAACCAUUCACCUUCGAAGACAUAGCUCAUAUGACAGGAAUGCAUAUAAAUGACAUUGCUAUCACGUUUCAGUUAUUAGGUUUUGUAAGAUACAUCCCAAAUGAUGAUUCUGCUAAAUUAGGUCUCUGUGUAGAUUGGAAUAGAGUCGAAAAUCACAUGAAGAAGUUGAGGAGUAGACCGCGAUUAGAAAUCGAUCCUGAGUGCUUGAGGUGGACGCCGCUUUUAGCGUCCACGGUGAAUCCGUUCAGAUCGCCCGAAGAAGGAUCUGGAGGCGAUCAGGAAACUGAAACAGAAGAAGCUGGAUUCAAAACAGAAAGUGAAGACACAGCCACAGAACCGGAGUUAACUGCACCUAAGGAUGAAGCUAAUUCUGCAGCGAUUGUAGAUAAAGAACUACCCGAAGAGAUAGUAGAAGUGACAUCAUCUGGUAGAAGGAGGACGCGCCCUCUAAAAUAUAGUGAAACGACAUAUCAGACAACGCCGGUCGUCGCUGAUGGUGGUCGAAAGAGGAAACGAGAUCUCAAUAGAAAGAUGUCAGAAUCGAAUGCCGAAGAUGACAAAAAAUAUGACGAAACACCUAGAAUACAAAGAAGUAAAAGUGUAUCUAGACGGUCGUCUAGGGCUGUUCCAUCUGAAGUGAAUGAAGAAGCUAGUUCUGUUAGAAACAGAAGAAAAAGCGUGAAAGUACCCGCAUAUGCUUCUGAUAGCCAAGAAAGUCAAGAAGAAAGUAUUAAUGUAAACACUCCUGUUCUUAAUUCCGCUAAGUCUAAAACAAAACGGAAAAUAGCCUGGAAGGGACGACCACGAAAGCGUCAAAGGGUUAACAGAUUAUCUAAAGAAAAAACUGGAUCACCAGUACCUAAGAAGGCUAAAGCUAGUGAAAAUAAUCAGGAAGUUGUUGCUAACAAAACAGAUGACUCUAUGGAGGAGGAUGACAAAUCUGUUGCUAUAACGAAUGAGUUUAGAGCUUCACCAAUAAUUAAUAAUAAUGAUAAAACUGAGGAGAAGGACAAGAACUCCGAGGCUAGCUCGGAAGAUUCGUCUGGUGAAGCAGAUGAUGAAAUGGACGUGGAAGAAGGGGAAGAUAGGCGAAGCAUGCCUAGCAAGCCAGCGACACCGAGGAACGUGGAAGAAAAUAGUACAGAUCAUCAUACCAGUGAUAUGGAACUAGAUAGCAUUCACAUGGACUCUCCGAAAUCCUUAGCCGAAAAGGAUCAAAUUAUACAGGAAACUUCUAUCAAUGAAAAUCCCGAAAAAGAAACUGCUGAAAGCGAUAGUAAAACUGAUGUUCCGAACAUAGUAAAUAGUGAAGUUGUGGAGUCUCAGACAGAAGCUAAAGACUUCAAUGAAAAGCAAGUGCCUGAACCUAGAAAUGGUGAAAUGAAGUCGCCAGCUAAGCCAGCCGUUGACGACAAAGAUACCAUAAUUAUAUCGGAGUCUGAUGAUAAUAAUAGUCAAAGUGGUCCAUUACCUUCACCUAAACCUAAUAUAGUUGCACCAGUGCCUCAAAAUAAUGAAAACAAGCCCAAAGAAAUAGAAGAAAACGAAAGUCCGUCUAAAGUUAUACCAGUUGUAUCAACUGAAAAUGCCCAUAUUGUUUUAGACCCUAAGGUUCAAGAGGAAGUCAAUACUAUUAGAGCGCCGGUAGACCCAGUGAUCCCUAAGACAUCACACCAAAUAGAAACCAUAGUUGUCGAAGGGGAGUCUGAUACUGCAAAAUCUCCAGCCUGUAUAUCGCCUAGAAAAAGUGAUAAAAUUAUUAUUAAUGAAUCGCCAAAGCAAAAAAGAACUCCCGAAAAAAAUAAUAUAGAGAAUGUAAACGAACAAAAGAAAAGUGAAAUGAGGAAAGAAACUGUCAUCCAGCAUCAAACUACCGAUGAAGCAAAAACUCCAGAUAAAAAAUCACCUACUAAAAUAGAGAGCAUCAUUCAGAAUUUAGACCCACAGAGAGAUAUAUCCUCUACUAUAAAAAACUUAGAAACGCCUAAAAUGGAUGCCUUUGUAGAGACCGACUCUAGAAAUAAGAUAUUAAAUCCUAUAGUAAGUAAGGAAAAUGAAAUCUCAUUUCGUAAUGAUCUGCUAAAUAAUAGAAAAGAUGAAAUAAUUAUAACAAGGAAUGUCAUUGAAACUACUAUGCCGAGUUUUCCGCCUGUCAGCAAUUCAAUGACAAUUCAACAAAUUAAUUCGGCUCAGCACUCAUUUCUCAACCAUAGAAUCAACGUAACUAAAGAAUCUCAAGGUGUUCAAACAGACAAAGUACACAUAAAGACGAGUGAGCAUCAUCGAUCUAUCGAUUCAACUCCCGUGAUAAGCAAAACUGCGACGAAACUUGAAGUGCCGCAUCCCAUAACUUCGCCCAUUAUAAACCCGGUCAUACCGAAAGUUCCAAACGUGACUGAUAUAAGUUUUUUACCCCGGUGUCAAAGUGCUAGCGCUGUGGUCAGUAUGGGUUUGGAAAGAACUGAUUUGGACCCAAACUUCGUGAAUAGCAGUGCAAUGCAGAAUUCAUUGACUGGAUCUAUGAAUAUCGUCCAAUCCAGCGCACAGGAUUCCAAAAAUGAUCCCAACCUAAAGCCCAGGGAAAAAAGCAAAUUGCGAGACGUGCGAGUGAAUUCGGCGCACAGUAAGUUAGAGAAAUCAGAAAAAAAGCAGUCAAAAAAUGAUACACCGCGAAGUACACCGGAACCGAAAAUGUUUUUUCCUGAACAAAAUACAAAUACCAGAAAACCAGAGACAUCCGUCCCAAUAAACGUGAUAAACUCUGUGCCAGUAACCAGCAAAUCUGAAACUAAAACUACGAACGAGGCGCCAAAGAAACAAGAUUUUUUUAAGAAAGAGAAGUCUAGCACGGCAAAAUGCGAUUCAAAAAACGCAUCGGUGAAACACGACAAGAGUUGUACGGCGCAACUCAUCAAGGCGGAUCAGAACGAUUCUAAUAAGGGUUUGCCAAAAUUUAAAUAUGACAACGAGUUAGUUCCCAAAGCGGAUUAUGCUAUGAAUCAGAUUCCCAACUACCACACGACCCACGCGCAAUACCAGUGGGCGCCUUGGGACCCGACCCGGCUCCAAGGGACAUGGGACCCGAAUAGGUUUCUGGAGAUGAAGAACAGCGACAAAACCUAUUUGGACAAAUUCCAAGGUUUCAAUCUAUCGCCUUUGGAGCAGAUGCAGAAAUCGCCCCAAAAGUUGCAUCCGAAGUACGACCAGAAGGACUUUCACAAUAUCGCUUACGGAGCGUUGUCGAGCGGUAUAUACGCGACGGCAGGAUUGCCGCACUUCAAAGAGACUAAAACGCCAGUGUCGAAAGCGGAAUGCUCGCAGAAGAGCGAGUGCAAACCUUCGAAGCAGUCGAAGACUACGGCGUGUCAAACGCAAUGCGAGUCGAAGAAAUCGGCAGAAGCGCAGAUGAAGCAGUUGUUGCAGCGGCAGGCGAACAAGGAGGGCUGCGAAUACAGGCAGCAGAGUCCCCAUUUGACAUCGCCGGGCUGCAAGGCUUACGGGAACGGGCCUUGCGCGCAGGAUAAGCAGGAGAGCGAUAAGAAGUCGCGCGGUCACAAAAAGGAAGAUUCUCCGAAAGACACGAGCAAGGAGGAGCUCUGCGAGGCCGUGAGCCCUGCGUUGCAGUCGAUGGGUGUUUACACGCCGGACUCGACGAGCAACUCGGUGCAUUCGGUGCAGUACCCCGCCUGCGAGCUGGACGUGAGCCAGCUGGGCCUGGAGUCUCCGACCAGCAUCAACUCCGACAUGGCGUCGCCGUGUUCCAUGAUGCAUAUGCACCCGGUGCCGAGUCCGCAGUACCCGCACUCCUCCAUACACAUACCCUCCAUCAUGACGCAACCCAAUCAACCGCCGAAGCAGCAGAAGAUCAACAACAGGAAUAGGAACAACACGGGCAGCAACAGCAGCGCCGGCUCGAGCGGCGCCGGCGCCGGCUCCGGGUCCGGGUCCGGCGCGGACAAGCUGCGCGCCGCCGCCACCCCGCCGGCGCGGCACCGCGCUACCCCGCCCGCACAUCCACCGCACGGUGGGGUAUCAAUGUCGGGCGGCGGCGGCGGCGGCGGCGGAGCUGGCGGCUACCAGGGCGGCUACCUGUCGUUCCAGCAGCAGCAGCAGUACGGGGGCGGCAGGUGGGCGCCGCCCUCCUGCUCCCUCGCCGAGCUGCAGCAGAUGGUCGACGCGCCGCCCCACGCGCCUCAAGCCCACCAGUACGCGCAGCAAGCGGGCACUCCGCCGGGCGGAGCGGGCUCCGGCGCUGGGAGCGGAGCCGGAGCCGGAGCACACUACCACGCCGCCAAGUACUACGGCCCCACGCACAACCAACUAGACUCGCCCCGCACCAGGAACGCGCCCAGUCAGUAUACAGCCCCACACUACACUACACUGACCCACUGCCACGCCGCCAAGUACUACGGCCCCACGCACAACCAACUAGACUCGCCCCGCACCAGGAAGCGCGCCCAGUCAGUAUACAGCCCACACUACACUACACUGACCCACUGCCAGCGCCGCCAAGUACUACGGGUCCCCACGCACAACCAACUAGACACGCCCCGCACCCAGGAACGCGCCCAGUCAGUAUACAGCCCCACACUACACUACACUGACCCAGUCACUGCCACGCCGCCAAGUACUACGGCCCCACGCACAACCAACUAG